ACUGUUCUAGGAAUGUUUGUUCUAUGAUAACUUUACUUCUCGAGUUCAACUAGUUUCUCUCUGUUUAGCAACCUUGGACCUACCUCUUAAAUACUGGCUAUGCCUAACAUUAUAUUGAAAUGUACACACAGCGGAGGCAGCUCGGUCCUGAGGGAUUUGACCACCGAGAGUACCCUCAGCGACCUGCAAACAGCUGUUCAGAACAUCACGCAGAUUGAAAUGAAUUCUCAGAAAUUGAAAAGUGGAUUUCCCCCGAAACUUAUAGACACAGAGGAAAAGUCAGCGUUGUUAUCUAACCUGGGAAUAAGAUCUGGUGAUGCAGUACACGUUGAGAAAGGUGCUCCUUCAUCAAACGGUUCAUCUGCUCCUUCAUCAAACCAUGUUCCCUUAACAAACCAGCCAGCCAGUGAACCAGCCCCGAGGGCUGUAUCCAGAUCAAUCGUAAGAAAGGUAGUUCCGGCAGAUAACAGUUGUCUCUUUGCCAGUAUCGGAUUUGUAUUUCAAGGUGAUACUGGAAAGUCAAUAUCCACGGCACUGCGUUGCGUUGUAGGUGAUACCGUCCUCAGCUGUCCUGACCAGUUCCCUGACGUUCUGCUUGGCAAGAAAAGGGAGGAAUAUGUCACGUGGAUACAGAACCCACAAAUAUGGGGCGGGGGUAUUGAGUUAGCAGCUCUAGCUCAACACUUUGCUACAGAGAUACACGUGGUGGAUACACAGUCCCUCAGAAUUGACAAGUUCGGGCAAGAUCUCAACUGCUCCGAUAAGGCAUAUGUUAUCUAUGAUGGUAUCCACUACGACCCGCUCUACGAACCCAGCCCUACAGGACAAGUAACUGUAUUUCCUCUUCAAGACUCUGAUAUUGAAGCUGCCGCCAUGCUGGUUGCUGCUAAUGCUAAAAAGGCACACAACUACACUGAUUUAGCGAACUUUACCCUAAAAUGCGGCACGUGUGGUAUUGGAAUGGCAGGAGAGAAGGUUGCUAGGCAACAUGCUAAAGAUACCGGACACACCAAUUUCGAGGAGUUCAAAUAGAUGAACGAUGACAGGUUUGAUCGCACAGAUGUAUUUAUUGUAGUGACGGGUGGUUGGUUUUUUGGACUUGAACUGUUUUAAGUUUGUAAAUUGGGUUUGACAGGUCGUUAUGCAGGGCUAUUAUAUUAGAGGUGGUUUUGAAUCUUCCAUUUCUCAAAAUCUUGAUGAUUUUCAAGCUGAUUUUGAAAGAUGGGCUAUAUUAGCAAACUAAGAUUUCAUAUUAAAGUAUUAAACUGCGAUCGUAAAUUUCCAUAAUCGAUAUAUUAUGUUACUUUUGAUAUUAUUACAUGUAUUUAUAGCCAUGGUGACAUGAGCAAGUAAUCUAGUAAACUAAACAUUAAACAAUAAAGAAAUACAAACACUGUUAUUAAAACUACCUUGUGUAUAUAAAUAUUGAGGAGGUCUUGGAUAUCUUGGUCGUUUAUGACAUAAAUAACAGUUAUAUUAUAUUUUGUUGCGACUUAAACUUCAAACAAGUACAACUAUUUCAUAUUCAGCCGCGCGUCGAUCGUUCUAGAUUAAGCAGUAAAUGAUUUAAACAAUAAACACCUCCAAUUAUAUCUCAAUUUAACAGUAAUACUAACUCGAUUAUAUCCUACAAAUCCUUAGUUCAAGUUAUUGUUUCUAUUAAGUUUCUAGCCAGUUUUUUAUUAAUGUGAACUUAGAGUUACUGUAUUUGUAAUAAGUUUAUAACGGUAUUUAUCAAGUA